AUUGCUAGUAGCCUAGUAGUACAGUCACCGAAUCUCGUCUCUCUCUAACUUUAUCUGUGUAUGCAUCGUGAUCUACGUCUGACAGACUGGAUCUUGUUCAGCUAAGUAAUCAAGUACAUUCUCUCUCCUUGCUCAUGGUUGACGACGCCGGUUUGGGCUAAUACAGUAGAGAAAUGGCGACGUCGGUCCAAAACCUAAUCAAGGAACGCAAAUACCCCUUCAUUUGGGGACUCUCGCUCACGAUCUUCCUCAUCUCCGCCAUUGUUUUUCUGCUCUUCGCUAACACCUCUCCUUCUCCUCUCUCCGUGUUUACCGAUCUCCAACAACGCCCUGUCCGAAGCUCCGAACCUCCCACAAACGACCUCGUCGAGCGGCAGGACACCGGAAAUGCAAACGGUCGUGACGGAGAUAAGCAAAGUGAUGUUACUGAUGUACCAGGUGUUAAUGAUGUGGAUUUGGAGUUGGAGUUGGAGUGGCGUCUGUGUAAGGGGUCAAUGUCGGUAGAUUAUAUACCGUGUUUGGAUAAUAUGAAGGCCAUUAAGGAGUUGAAAUCAAGGAGGCAUAUGGAGCACAGGGAGAGGCAUUGCCCGAAGCCAAGCCCUAGGUGUCUGGUUCCCUUGCCUGAAGGGUAUAAGGUCCCCGUUCCGUGGCCGAAGAGCAGGGACAUGAUUUGGUAUUCGAAUGUGCCUCAUCCUAAGCUUGUGGAAUAUAAAAAGGACCAGAACUGGGUGCGCAAGUCUGGUGAUUAUUUUGUAUUUCCUGGAGGAGGAACUCAAUUCAAGGAUGGAGUGAAGAACUACAUUGACUUUAUAGAGAAGACUUUACCAAAUAUUGAGUGGGGCAAACAUGCGAGGGUUAUUUUAGAUGUUGGCUGUGGUGUUGCUAGCUUUGGGGGCUAUUUGCUGGACAAAAAUGUCAUAACCAUGUCAUUUGCCCCAAAGGAUGAACAUGAAGCUCAGAUACAAUUUGCUUUGGAAAGAGGGAUUCCGGCUACACUUUCUGUGAUUGGAACCCAAAGAUUGACAUUCCCUGACAAUGCAUAUGACUUAAUUCACUGUGCUCGAUGCAGGGUUCACUGGGAUGGGGAUGGUGGUAAACCAUUAUGGGAACUGAACAGGAUUAUGAGACCUGGAGGUUACUUUGUGUGGUCGGCAACGCCAGUAUAUCGUAGUGAUGAAAGGGAUCGCAACGUUUGGAAGUCCAUGGAAACUUUGACAAAAUCUAUAUGCUGGAAGGUUGUCACUAAGACUAUUGAUUCAUCUGGAAUUGGACUUGUAAUAUAUCAAAAGCCUGUCUCCCCUUCCUGUUAUGAAAAACGCAAAGACAACAUUCCACCUUUAUGCCUUGAGAAAGAUGAGCAAAACAGUUCCUGGUAUGUGCCACUUAUUAGUUGUCUUCCGAAACUUCCAGUCAAUGACAAGGGUAGCUGGCCUGCACCCUGGCCCAAAAGGCUUAGCAGCAAACCUCCAAAUCUGUCAGCUGAACAAGAUGCUGAAGAGAUGUUUUAUGAGGACACCAAACAUUGGUCAGCACUGGUGUCAGAUGUCUACUUGGAUGGCCUUGCUGUAAACUGGACAAGUGUGAGGAACGUAAUGGAUAUGAAUGCAGGUUAUGGAGGUUUUGCUGCAGCACUUAUUAAUCUGCCUCUCUGGGUAAUGAACGUAGUCCCCAUCGAUGUGCAAGAUACUCUACCCAUUAUCUUCGACAGGGGUUUGAUUGGAAUAUAUCACGACUGGUGUGAAUCUCUUAAUACCUAUCCUCGAACGUAUGAUCUGCUGCAUUCUAGUUUUCUUCUCAGCAAUUUGACACAGAGAUGUGACAUCAUAGAUUUGGCUGUGGAGGUGGAUCGGAUAUUGAGACCAGGUGGAUAUAUUCUGGUUCAGGACACCAUGGAUAUGAUUAACAAGUUUAGUCCAGUCCUGCGUUCGCUACACUGGUCGACAAACCUCUACCAAGACCAAUUUUUGGUUGGUAGAAAGGGUUUUUGGCGUCAAAAUAGCAGUGACAGCAAGUCAUGAAUACAAAAGUACACACAAAUUUCCACUUGCAAUUUAGAGCCUGCGAUUGGUGAGGAGGAUUAAGCUUGGUUCUCAAUGCCAAAACUAGUCUGAGAUACUAAUUUGCAGUUUACUUCGAUGAAAUGUAAAAUCUUUUAUGAGUAAAUAAAUGGAAGGAAAAAACACACAAACAAGAUUAAUACUUUGUGAGUGUUUGACAUCUGUUGAUUCAUCAAAUGUUAUUGGGUGAAAUUCUGUACACUUUUUUUCAUACAUAUAUAAGGAGUGAAAUUCUGUA